CAGGUAACCGAGACUAGUCAGUCUUCAUCACUGACUCAGUCACGGUCAUAGUCUUCAUCACUGAACGAGGCUCGUUGUAAAAUGUGAUUUAAACUCCUCGUUCACUAAAUAGGAAACUGAUGCGGACCGAGGACGAGUCACGUGGUCGACGGCCAUUUGCACGCGCUGCCUCGUGGCCCCCUAACCCUCCUCUCUUACCCCUGCUCCUCUCUCACCCCGGUCCUCUCUUACCCCUGCUCCUCUCUCUCUCUUACCCCGGUCCUCUCUUACCCUGGUUCUCUCACCCCUGCUCCUCUCUCUCUCUUACCCCUGCGCCUCUCUCACCCUGGUUCUCUCACCCCUGCUCCUCUCUCUCUCUUACCCCGCUCCUCUCUCACCCCUGCUCCUCUCUCACCCCGGUCCUCUCUUACCCCUGCUCCUCUCUCUCUCUUACCCCGGUCCUCUCUUACCCUGGUUCUCUCACCCCUGCUCCUCUCUCUCUCACCCCGGUCCUCUCUUACCCCUGCUCCUCUCUCUCUCUUACCCCUGCGCCUCUCUCACCCUGGUUCUCUCACCCCUGCUCCUCUCUCUCUCUUACCCCGCUCCUCUCUUACCCCGGUCCUCUCUUACCCCUGCUCCUCUCUCUCUCACCCCUGCGCCUCUCUCACCCUGGUUCUCUCACCCCUGCUCCUCUCUCUCUCUUACCCCGCUCCUCUCUUACCCCGGUCCUCUCUUACCCCGGUCCUCUCUUACCCCUGCUCCUCUCUCUCUUACCCCGGUCCUCUCACCCCUGCUCCUCUCUCUUACCCCGGUCCUCUCUUACCCCUGCUCCUCUCUCUCUCACCCCUGCUCCUCUCUUACCCCUGCUCCUCUCUUACCCCUGCUCCUCUCUUACCCCUGCUCCUCUCUCUCACCCCUGCUCCUCUCUCUCACCCCUGCUCCUCUCUCUCACCCCGGUCCUCUCUUACCCCGGUCCUCUCUCACCCCUGCUCCUCUCUCUCACCCCUGCUCCUCUCUCUCACCCCUGCUCCUCUCUCUCACCCCGGUCCUCUCUUACCCCUGCUCCUCUCUUACCCCUGCUCCUCUCUCACCCCGGUCCUCUCUUACCCCUGCUCCUCUCCUCCCAGGUGCUGUUACACGUGCUGUUCGAGCACGCCUCUGGCUACGCGCUGCUGGUGGUGAAGGAGGUGGAGGAGAUCUCCCUGCUGCUGCCGCAGGUGGAGGUGAGCGUGCUGAGCUUAGCCAAGUUCAACGGCAUGGUGAGCCUGGCGGCCUUCUUCCCCUUCAAGUCGGCCCAGGGCGCCCUGGAGAACAUGAACGCCAUCUCUGAAGGUGUGGUCCACGCCGACCUGAAGCUGUUCCUGGAGACCAACCUGCCGCUCUCGGGGAAGAAGAAGGCCACGCUGGGAGUUUCAGACGCGAAGAUCGGAGCCGCGCUGCAGGAGGAGUUCAGCCUCUCCAUCCAGACCGGAGGCGUGGUGGCGGAGAUCGGCCGAGGCGUGCGCCUGCACUUCCACGCCCUGGUGAAGGGCCUCACGGCGCUGGCGGCCUCCAAGGCCCAGCUGGGUUUGGGCCACAGCUACUCCAGAGCCAAGGUGAAGUUCAACGUGAACCGCGUGGACAACAUGAUCAUCCAGUCCAUCGCGCUGCUGGACCAGCUGGACAAGGACAUCAACACCUUCUCCAUGCGCAUCCGCGAGUGGUACGGGUACCACUUCCCGGAGCUGGUGAAGAUCGUGCCGGACAACUCUCUGUACUGCCGCAUGGCGCACCUCAUCGGCAACAGGAAGGAGCUGUCGGAGGAGAGUCUGCCGAGUCUAGAGGAGGUGCUGAUGGACGGCGCCAAGGCUCAGGCCGUGCUGGAGGCCUCCCGCUCCUCCAUGGGUAUGGACAUCGCUCCCAUCGACCUGAUCAACAUCGAGCGCUUCUCCUCCCGCGUGGUGUCUCUGGCCAGCUACCGGCUGGAGCUGCAGGAGUACCUGCGGUCCAAGAUGGUCCAGGUGGCGCCCAACCUCGCGGCCUUGAUCGGAGACGUGGUCGGCGCUCGUCUGAUCUCGCACGCCGGCAGUCUGACCAACCUGGCCAAGUACCCGGCCUCCACGGUCCAGAUCCUGGGAGCAGAGAAGGCCCUGUUCAGGGCCCUGAAGACUAAAGGCAACACCCCCAAGUACGGCCUCAUCUUCCACUCCACCUUCAUCGGCCGAGCGGCUGCCAAGAACAAAGGCCGCAUCUCGCGCUACCUGGCCAACAAGUGCACCAUCGCCUCGCGCAUCGACUGCUUCUCCGAGCUGCCGACGUGCGUCUACGGAGACAAGCUGCGCGAGCAGGUGGAGGAGCGCCUGGCCUUCUACGAGACCGGAGACGUGCCGCGCAAGAACGUGGACGUGAUGAAGGAGGCGACCGACGUGGUGACGGAGCUCAAGAGGAAACUCGUGAAGAAGGAGAAGAAACGCAAGAAGAGGGAGAAGAAGCUUCAGGGUGAAAACGGCUCGGCAGAGGCUGAGAACAGAGACGCAGACACGACCGUGGAGGAGACGCCAGCGAAGAAGAAGAAGAGGAAGUCCGAGCCGGCGGCGGCUCCUGCAGAGGAAACCACCGAUAACGGAGCGGAGGAAACUGAAACUCCUUCCAAGAAGAAGAAGAAACGGAAGUCCGAGCCGGUGGAAGCUGAAGAGCUCCCAGAAACCCCGGCGUCCAAGAAGAAGAAGAAGAAGUCCACGGAGUAGAGACUUCUUCUUGUGUACAGCUUUAUUUUUUACUCAUCUGAAUUCUGUCAGCGGUUUUGUUUCCUUCAUGACCUUUACUUGUAAAUAACUUCAUUAAAUUGUCACGUUAAUCCCUGAGAACAUUGUCAUGAGAUAUUUUCUGUAUGAAGACAUUAAUAACAAAUACAAACCAGCAACCCGGACCAAAAAAUGCAAAAUUAAAAUUCUAAAAGAAAUCUGG